CCUAGAACCAAGUCCUCAAGUGAAGAUGCGCCCCAGAAGCCGAUGAUGUGCGCCACAGGAGCCGUUCCAUCUUGGCAGCGUGGAAAGGACUGAGAAAGGACUUUUUGUGUGUGUGUGGGAGGAAGAUUUUCCCACCAGACGCAGGAAAUGGUGUUAGUGGACUAACUGGAAAAACAUGACGGGCUGUAAAUAUUGUCAAAUAUGAGCUUCAUGGACUUUUUGCGCACCAAAUAAGGCGCGUCCGCAAGCAAAGACGCGCAAUGUAAGAAUAAUCCUCUCGAACUGAGAGUCCCCUCCCUUUUUUAUUUUUAUUGUGGCCCCUAAUCGAUUCCUCAAUACUUUUGAGUGAUCGACCUUUUUUAUGAGUCAGAGAAGUUGAAGUUGCCAGACGCACGGGAAAACUGCAAUGUUACAGAGAUCGAAUCAGUGUGGCUUUUUUAUGGAGUCGUGGCUUUUUUCCCCCUUAAUUAAAAAGCGUUGAUCCGUGUCCUGACGCAAGAGGAGACCCCACAAGUGCUUUGUGAGCUUACAAUGGACUCGGAAGCACCGUCGUGGAGGAUGCAAGGGAGCUAACAUUUGGAGAAAACACAAGACUCAGCAACAGAGACCCCAGGAGAGGAGACCCAAGCAUGGGCUCGGUACCAGAGGGCGGCUGCUCUCUGGAGAUGAGCAGCUGGAAUGUGAGCGGCGCCUCCGUCCCUUGCAACCAGAGCGUCCUGAAGCUGGCGCCCUACUCCCCUGAAGCCACGGCAGCCUUCGCCACCGCCAUCACUUUGAUGGUGCUCUUCACCAUCGUGGGGAACGUGAUGGUCAUAAUCGCCGUCCUGACCAGCCGCUCUCUGCAAGGUCCGCAGAACCUCUUCCUGGUGUCGCUGGCCGCUGCCGACAUCCUGGUGGCCACGCUGAUCAUCCCCUUCUCUCUGGCCAACGAACUUCUGGGCUACUGGUACUUCAAGUCUCUGUGGUGUGAGAUCUACCUGGCCCUGGAUGUGCUCUUUUGCACCUCCUCUAUCGUUCACCUGUGCGCCAUCUCUCUGGACCGUUACCUGUCCAUCUCCAGGGUCACCUACGGUCGCCAGCGGACUCCCAGACGCAUCAAAGCCGCCAUUGUGGUGGUGUGGCUCAUCUCCUCCAUCAUUUCCUUCCCUCCGCUGCUGUCUCUCAAUAAGAGUGAAGGAGGCAACCUCGCGAGUGAGAGGGGUCCUCAGUGCAGGCUCAACGACGAGCGCUGGUACAUUCUUUACUCCACCAUUGGCUCCUUCUUUGCACCAUGCCUCAUUAUGAUUCUGGUCUACGUGAGAAUCUACCAAAUUGCCAAGCAGAGAACACGGUGUCCCCCCGGGGAGCCCCGCAAGGAAGGCGUCGGUGCUGCCACACCGAGUCAACCCAAACGGCACUUACAAGCCAAUGGUAGGGAGGACGAGCAAUCUUCCCUGAAGAAAACAGCUAAUGAAAGACCCCCUACCCUCGCAAUUACCCCAUCCCCCUCAGAGGGGCAGGCACAGCCCUCCCAGGAUCCCAACCCAAAUAACCUUCAACCUCCAUCCCCUUCUCCGGCCCUGAGCCCAGUCACUAACUCUGUAGAGACUUCUCCUCACGCGCCACCUGCCGCCCCGUUGCCGUCGCCCCAGUCCUCUCCAGCCAAGACUAAAGAGGACGUCAAAAAGGUCAAGCGGCAAAAGGGCAAAAAAUCUGACAACAACAACGGCGACAGCUCCAGCACGGACAGCGAGGCCAGCAACGGCGGGGGCAGGGGCAGCGCGAGUAUGCCAGGGUCACCUGCAGGAGGGGGCAUCCACUCCCCAGGCUCCAUCAAGCGAUACAGGAACAUGAUUGCCACUUCAAAGGGGGCUCGGCUGGCGCCGGGGAGAAAGUCUAGAAGAGAGACCAACCCCGGGGCUGCCAGGCGUAAAGCCAUGCUUAACCGAGAGAAACGCUUCACUUUCGUCCUGGCCGUAGUCAUCGGGGUGUUUGUGGUGUGCUGGUUCCCCUUCUUCUUCUCUUACUCCCUCCAGGCUGUGUGCCCCGAGACCUGCUCCAUCCCUGACCCGCUCUUUACAUUCUUCUUCUGGAUAGGGUACUGCAACUCCUGUCUCAACCCAGUCAUCUACACCAUCUUCAACAAAGACUUCAGGAUGGCUUUCAAAAAGAUACUGUGCAGAAACACAAAGGGUACUUUCUUUUAACAUACACAGGCUAGGACUCGGUCACCCGCAUUUGCAACAGUGACAUCUUGACAAGGGCUGCAUUCACGGUAUUGUGAGCCAUGGAAAUGUACACUUCCAAUUCCGGAUUUCUUUAAAACAGCCAUAAAAUGGUGUGAAUUGGCAUUUGGGACUACUAGGGUUUCCCAAACUUGGUCAAAAAAAUGUCAUGUUUUGACACUGGACAGUUAUGAAAAAGCCAAUAUUUGUGUGCCUGCUUCAUCGUUGCUUAGAUGCAUUUGAGGUACUCAGGUACUCAAAUACUGGAAAAUUAUAUUGGAAAUAUUGUAUAUGCAUGGAAUAUAUGUGAAAUAAUCAUAUAUUCAUGAACCAAAGUUGAAUUCAAAUGAAAUGUUAUUGUUUCACUGCCUUAAAGCAUUUAACUUUUGACCCAUGAAGAACUCACUUUUGACACAUUUGGGCUCCAGAGCCUCGGUUUGGGAAACCCUAGAUUAAGAACAGGGUGUGGUUGAGGAUUUACUUCUACCACAUCACACUGACUGAAUGUUGAUUUCAGAGAGACGCCAGAAAAGUGAUAUGUGAAAUAUAUAUAUCCAAUGUGGUGUUUGUACUUAUUAUUAAGGACUGCCAGGUUAUUGAGGAAAGAAAACAGGUAAACAGGAGGCAGGCUGACCUUAGAUUCCAACAAGCCCGGGGGCCCUUUUGUUUAUCAGCACAGAGCACAAGGAGCACACAAGGUUAGUGGUGAUUUCUUGCAGUCUUAAUCUGCCCAGCUGCAGGGCAAACAUGUGUUUUCCUGAUUUCUAUCCAAAAGAGCAGCAACAAGAGGCAUCUGAAGAUGGAAAAUGUGAUAAAGCACAGGGAAGAAUCCCUUUGAAUAUAUAUAUAUAUAUAUAUAUAUAUAUAUAUAUAUAUAUAUAUAUAUAUAUGACAUUCAUGUGUGUCAGAUGCUUCAAAGUGGACACUCAGGUUGUUGUUAGGUUUCAGUAACGGCCUGAAGGAAAUCUAACACUAAAGCAAUGUUCUCGCCUGCUUUUAAUGCAUCAACAAUAAGACUCUCUAACGAGAUUAUCCACACUGUCAUGGGAGUUUCAUCCGCUGAUUUAUGUGUGUCAUUUUCAGAGUGAGGGGAAUACGCAUUAACCAAAAAAAACAAAAAUUGUAAAAAGACAGGCGCACAAUGCAGUGAGGUUGACGUAACGUCACCGUCUAUUUCAUCCUACCGUCUAUUUUCACUCACAUUUCCUCUCACUACAGUGCAAUGGUGGUAUAUGUCUGCAGAUGUUUACACACAUUUAUCACCAUGAAUGUCAUUUUCUAUUGCUUAUCCUCACGAGGGUCGCGGACAGGUGCUGGAGCCUAUCCCAGCUUUGUGCGAGAAGCGGGGUACACCCUGGACUGGUUGCCAGCCAAUCACAGGGCACAUAUAGACAAACAACCAUUCACACUCACAUUCAUAGCUAUGGAUAAUUUGGAGUCACCAAUUAACCUAGCAUGUUUUUGGAAUGUGGGAGGAAACUGGAGAACCCGGAGAAAACUCACACAUGCACAGGGAGCAACAUGGUGGAAUCGAACACGGGCCCCCUAGCUGUGAGGCCUGCACGCUAACCACUUCACACUGCACCUCGGUGUCACUUCAGUUAUUAAAAAUAAAAUAACCAGGGGUUUAAAUGUUAAUUGACUUUGGAUUUUCUCCAAUGUACGUCAGGUCCAAAUUGUAUGUACAUUCCGACUCAAACAUAAGAGGUGCUGCAAGUUCUAGAAUUCAUUUUGACUGAAUGAGGCCAAGCCCUUUUCAUUUCUCAAUGAUGAUCAUGAUUGACUGAAGAUGGUAGUUUCUCUUCGGAGGAAACCAAUUUAAAUGGAGUUUGCCAAGAAGAGUGGUGAAAUAUCCAAACUCUCAUUACCAAGGCUCCAAUACAUAUACAUACACCCCCACUAAUACUACACGAAUACCACUUUAUGAAGCCAUCACCGAGGUUCUGGCUGGAUAUUUCACUACCCCCCAUUGGUAGAGUUCAUUGAAAUCGGUUGUUUUUGAGCACCAUCACUCACAAGACACUAAUAGGGCUUAGUUUAAAUGCAUCACCAAUUACAACAUUUACUGUAUGUGCAGUAUAUAUCAUUUUCAACCAAAGUGAAAUACAUUUCGAACUCGUGCACCCAAUCAAUGCAUAAGAUAUCAUCAUUUUAGACAUGAUGAGUGUCUGUAAACAUCUGAUCACAGCUAUCUCUCUCUCUCUCUUUCUCUCGCUCGCUCUAUAUACUGUAUAUACAUAUAUACAUAUAUUUUUUUCUCUUGCCAGGAAACAGGUUUGCUGUUUCCUUGACAAAAUGUGUGUGUAAUAAACCGCACACAUGCUUAUUGACUCAUUGGGACAAGGGCUGUCAGCGGCACAUUGUCUAAUUCUGCUGACCUGAAUGUGUGUGUGUGUGUGUAUGUGUGUGUGUGUGUGUAUAUAUCUCUUCUGGUUGCAGAUCUAUUAUAGACUUUACUUGCCAUGUGACUGCUUCUUCUAUAGUUGUGAAUACCAGACUUAUGUCAAUGCAUUGAAAGAGUCAUAUUGAUAUGUGUGUAUGUAUAUGUGUGUGUGUGUGUGUGUGUGCAAUCUUCUGACUACCCUUAAGGCCUGCCUCAUUGAUGUAUGGCUCCAGUGUUGCUUUACUAAAAGUCAUAUUUGGUCUUUGGGUGGUGGAUGUGUGCAAUGGGAGGUAACGAUAUAAGACUGUAUUAUUUAUUUGAAAUUAGUGGCUGUUUUCUCUCUAUUUAUUGUUCCAUUGCAGUGUUAUAUUGAGGGUUAAACAAUAUCCUAUUGCUCAGAGGGUGAAAAUUUUUUUAACGAGCGAGAGCCUUAUUGAUUGUGAUUAAAAUGUGGCUUUUUGUAAGAUGGGGAUGUGCUGUAAGUGAAAGAAGAUGAACUAACAUAAUUUUCAAACAGAAAUAUAAGCACAUUUGGCGGAAAACUCUGCCAAAAAAACACAAUUAGUGAGUAAUGGUUUAUGAACAUUUACAAAAAGCUAAAGAAAAUAACCCAGAGCUGUCUUGAAUUAUUAUUUUUGAAUGCCUUCUCAUUUUCUUUCCAGAAAAAGCUGCGAUUAAAUAACUUGAUAUCCUUCUUGGCUUCUUGUAAGUCACCUGCCAUUGCUUUUUGUGGUGAAUCUGCUGCUUUUCUUUAAAAAAAAACAAAACACUAAAAUAAAACAAACAAAUAAAGUAAAGCUAUAUGGCUCGAGGGUGAGACCUGCACUAAUCUAUCUCUUGAUGGCAUCUUUUCCUCGGAAAAUGCCUGUCAUGGAUGUUUCCCCCGCUGCGUUUUGACCGAGACGCAAGCUUUGGAGCUGUCAAUCAUCCAUCUGUGAUCUUUGCCACCCCGUCCCCUUCUGUUUGGAAAUAAAGUUAUUUGGA